AUGCCUCAGAUUGAUUCAGUCCCAUCUUCAACUUCAAGAUCUGUAACUAUAGAGAAGCAAUACCAAGCUCUUAUUGUCCUCAUACCUGUUUCCAUUGCUGCUAUCAUUCUCCUCUUAUUCUACGUUUUCUAUCUUCGUCGUGGAGGAGGCCUUCGGGCAAGGAGAGCAUCUACAGAGAACAAUAAUGACAUGUCAAACCCCCUUGAAUUCGGCUUGAGGAAAGAUAUAGCAGCAAUGCUACCCGCUGCUGCAUUAAAGGACAGCUUCAAUUCAAGAGAUCCACAAUGCUCAGUAUGCCUUGGAAACUACCAAGAAGAUGAUAAGCUUCAAGAAAUACCAGAAUGUGGUCAUAUCUUUCACGUCGACUGCAUUGGUCGCUGGCUCACCACCCACACCACCUGCCCACUCUGCCGCCUCUCCCUCCUCUCUUCCAUGGAAACUCCAGAAUUGAGGCUUGAGCCAAUUGAUGAUGUUGAUCACCACCACCUAGACACUAGCCAGCAGUAG